UAAAGCGGUCGUUUUCCCACGGGUGGGCCCCACCAGCCGCCAUGUUGCUUCGGCGGGUCCCUGCCGCCGCUGUCGCCAUAGGCCGCGGGCUCGCGACAGGGCCCCGACAGGGGCGGCAGCUGCUGAUGCGGCAGCUGUUCGAGUCCUCCUCCUGCACCUACACCUACGUCCUGGCCGACGGGGCCUCGGGCGACGCCGUGAUCAUCGACCCUGUGCUGGAAACGGUGCCCCGGGACCUGCAGCUGCUGCGGGAGCUGCGGCUCAACCUGCGCUACGCAGUGAACACCCACUGCCACGCCGACCACGUGACGGGCUCGGGGUCCCUGGUCCGGGCCCUCGGCGGCCGCAGCGUCAUCUCCAGGGCCAGCGGGGCCAGGGCCGACCUGCUGCUCAGCGACGGCGACCGCAUCACCUUCGGGGACUUUGCCCUGCGGGUGGUCGCCACCCCCGGCCACACCCCCGGCUGUGUCACCCUGGUGCUGGACGAUGACUCGAUGGCCUUCACGGGGGACGCGCUGCUGGUGCGGGGCUGCGGCAGGACCGACUUCCAGGGGGGCUGCCCCCGCACCCUGCACCGCUCGGUGCACGAGAGGAUCUUCACCCUCCCCGAGAGCUGCCGCAUCUACCCCGGGCACGACUACAGGGGCCACACGAUGUCCACGGUGGGGGAGGAGCGGCGGCUCAACCCCCGCCUGACGCUGAGCCCCGACGAGUUCGUGACACUGAUGGAGGGGCUGAACCUGCCCCGGCCCCGCCUCAUCGACGUGGCCGUUCCUGCCAAUCUCCGCUGUGGGAUCCAGGAUGAGCCUUAGCCCCGCCCCCUUUGGGCCUGGCCACGCCCACCAGGACGAAGCCACACUCCUUGGACAGAACCACGCCCCUCGAAAGAAGCCCCGCCUCUCGUGGCAGGACCACGCCCAUCUCCAGAUGUGACCACGCCUCCUCGGAGCUGGCCCCACCCCUUCAAUGGCCACGCCCCUUUCCCCCAAAUAAAGGCGUUGAUCCAGAA